AUGGCUUCGCCGGCGCCGGCAGCCGACGGUGCCGUGUAUGCGACCAAUGGUGGCCUCACUGACCCACUUCUAGUGAGCGCGAACGGCCACGGUGCCGCCCCGAGGAAGGCUGCCUACGGCGCCAAGGGCAAGUACUGGGUGGCCGCUGACAAGGCCGAGAGGCGAGCUGCGAAGGAGGCCGGCGGUGAGGAGGGCCGCGCGCUGCUGUUCCGGAAGUAUAAGGUCAAAGGCGUCCUCCUGCACCCCUACAGGUUGCUGAUCAUCAUCCGAUUAAUCGCUGUCCUCGUCUUCUUCGCAUGGCGCAUCAGGCACAACAAAUCUGACAUCAUGUGGUUUUGGACAAUGUCCAUAGUUGGCGAUGUUUGGUUCGGCUUCUCGUGGCUCCUCAACCAGCUCCCAAAGUUCAACCCCGUCAAGACCAUCCCAGACCUGGCCGCCCUCAAGCAGCACUUUGACUUCUCUGAAGGCACCUCUAGGCUCCCCGGUAUUGACGUUUUCGUCACCACUGCCGACCCCAUUGAUGAGCCCAUACUCUACACCAUGAACUGUGUCCUCUCCAUCCUCGCUGUUGACUACCCAGUCGACAGGCUUGCCUGCUAUCUCUCAGAUGAUAGCGGGGCACUGAUUCUCUAUGAGGCAUUGGUCGAGGUCGGAAAGUUCGCACCUCUGUGGGUUCCAUUCUGCCGCAAGUACUCCAUUGAGCCAAGGGCACCAGAAAGCUAUUUUGAGCAUGUGGCGCCACCGCAGGCUGGAAGGGUGACGCAGGAGUUCUUGAAUGAUUAUAGGAGGGUGCAAAUGGAGUAUGAUGAGUUCAAGGUGCGCUUGGACAACCUCCCUGAUGCCAUCCGCAAGAGAUCUGAUGUUUAUAAUAGCAUGAGAGCUGCAGAAGGAGAUCAAAAGGCAACUUGGAUGGCAAAUGGGGUUCAAUGGCCCGGCACAUGGAUUGAUCCAACAGAAAACCAUAGAAAAGGACACCAUGCUCCAAUUGCUAAGGUUGUGCAGGACCAUCCAAGCCGUGGACAGCAUCAUGGUUCAGAACCCAUUACUGAAAGCAAUCUCAACAUUGGCACCACUGAUGAGCGCCUCCCAAUGCUUGUUUAUGUCUCUCGUGAGAAGAACCCAAGUUAUGACCACAACAAGAAGGCAGGUGCCCUGAAUGCACAACUGCGGGCCUCUGCUCUCCUCUCUAAUGCCCAACUCAUCAUCAACUUUGACUGCGACCACUACAUCAACAAUUCUCAAGCCCUAGGUUCGGCUGUCUGCUUCAUGCUAGAUCAACGGGAUGGUGACAACACCGCAUUUGUUCAGUUCCCACAGCGCUUCGACAAUGUUGACCCCACAGACCGCUAUGGUAACCACAACCGUGUCUUCUUUGAUGGGACCAUGCUAGCCCUUAAUGGUUUGCAAGGACCCUCAUACCUCGGCACGGGUUGCAUGUUCCGUCGCUUAGCACUCUAUGGUAUCGAUCCACCCCACUGCAGAGCAGAAAACAUCACAGCCGAAGCUAGCAGGUUUGGUAACUCCACAAUCUUCCUAGAUUCAGUGUCAAAAGCCCUGAGAAAUGACAGGUCAAUCACACCACCACCAAUUGAUGACACAUUCCUUGCUGAAUUAGAGAGGGUUGUAACAUGUUCUUAUGACAAAGGUACUGACUGGGGCAAGGGUGUAGGGUACAUCUAUGACAUAGCCACUGAAGAUAUAGUAACUGGAUUUCGCAUCCACGGGCAGGGGUGGCGCUCUAUGUAUUGCACAAUGGAGCAUGACGCGUUCUGUGGCGUUGCACCAAUCAACCUAACUGAACGCCUCCAUCAAAUUGUGCGAUGGUCUGGUGGGUCUUUAGAGAUGUUCUUCUCCCACAACAACCCAUUCAUAGGUGGUCACCGGAUUCAACCCCUUCAGCGUGUCUCCUACCUCAACAUGACAGUCUACCCAGUCACAUCAGUCUUCAUCCUGAUCUAUGCUCUAAGCCCGGUGAUGUGGCUUAUCCCUGAUGAAGUAUACAUCCAGAGACCAUUCACUAGGUAUGUCGUGUACCUUCUCGUAAUCAUAGUGAUGAUUCACAUGAUUGGCUGGCUUGAGAUAAAGUGGGCGGGGGUCACAUGGCUGGACUAUUGGCGCAAUGAGCAGUUCUUUAUGAUCGGCUCAACAAGUGCAUAUCCAAUGGCAGUGCUUCACAUGGCAGUGAACCUCCUCACAAAGAAGGGCAUACACUUCAGGGUAAUGCCAAGGAUGCAUGGCACACAGACUUCUAGGCUCAUACAGCAAGGCAGAGUGAACACACGGAUAAAGCACCAGGCAACCAGCAGCCGUGACUUCGCCGGCGCUGCUGUCGUUGUGGAAGAUGGCGGCCUCGCCGAUCCACUUCUAGCGGCCGAUGGCAACGGCGCCACGAAGACGAAGGAGUGCGGCGCCGAGGGCAAGUACUGGGUGGCAGCUGACGAGGCGGAGAGGCGGGCGGUGACCGAGUGCGGCGCUGAGGACGGCCGGCCGCUGCUGUUCCGGACGGCACUAAUCUUCGUACGCCUACUCGUGGUCCUCCUAUUCUUCGUCUGGCGCAUCAGGAACAACAGAUCCAAUGCCAUGUGGUUCUGGGCUAUGUCGGUUGCCGGGGACGCUUGGUUCGGAUUCUCAUGGCUCCUGAACCAGCUUCCCAAGUUCAACCCCGUCAAGAGCAUACCUGACCUUGCUGCCCUCAGGCGACACUAUGACCUUCCAGAUGGCACCUCUAAGCUCCCUGGCAUCGACCAUUGCAUUGAGCCAAGAGCACCGGAAAGGUAUUUUGAGAUGGAGGCGCAACCACAUGGUGGAAGAGCACCACAAGAGUUUAUGAAUGAUUAUAAGAGGUUGCGGAUGGACUAUGAUGAGUUUAAGGUGCGCUUGGGUAAUCUUUCGGACACCAUUUGCAAGCGUUCGGAUGUUUACAACAGCAUGAGAACUUCAGAAGGAGAUGCACAAGCGACAUGGAUGGCAAAUGGGAUGCAGUGGCCAGGCACAUGGGUGGAUCCAACAGACAACCAUAAGAAAGGACAUCAUGCUGGAAUUGUUAAGGUUGUGUUGGAUCAUCCAAGCCGUGGACAUCACCAUAGUCCCCAAGCCGACGAUGAAAAUAAAUCUGACUUUGUUGCUGCUGGGUUGCGCCUACCAAUGCUUGUGUAUGUUUCUCGUGAAAAGAAUCCAAGCUAUGACCACAACAAGAAGGCGGGUGCAUUGAAUGCACAACUGCGAGUCUCUGCUCUACUCUCCAAUGCACAAUUCAUCAUCAACUUUGACUGCGACCACUACAUCAACAAUUCUCAAGCUCUCCGUGCAGCAGUCUGCCUCAUGCUUGAUCAACGGGAAGGUGGUAACACUGCUUUUGUUCAAUUCCCUCGGGCUUCGACAAUGUCGACCCGACAGACCGCUUCUUAUGAUAAAGGAACUGACUGGGGUAACGGUGUUGGCUACAUCUAUGACAUAGCAACUGAAGAUAUAGUGACUGGAUUUCGCAUCCAUGGGAAAGGGUGGCGUUCCAUGUAUUGCACAAUGCAGCAUGAUGCAUUCUGUGGCACAGCACCAAUCAACCUAACAGAGCGCCUCCACCAAAUUGUUCGUUGGUCUGGUGGGUCCCUAGAGAUGUUCUUCUCCCUCAACAACCCACUCAUCGGUGGCCAGCGGCUGCAACUUCUUCAACGUGUCUCCUACCUCAACAUGACGGUCUACCCAGUCACAUCACUUUUCAUCCUGCUCUAUGCUCUCUGCCCGGUAAUGUGGCUCGUCCCCGAUGAAAUACACAUCCAAAGGCCCUUCACUAGGUAUGUUGUGUACCUUCUCAUAAUUAUAUUGAUGAUCCACAUGAUUGGCUGGCUCGAGAUAAAGUGGGCUAGGGUCACAUGGCUAGACUAUUGGCGUAAUGAGCAGUUCUUCAUGGGUUGGAUCGACAAGUGCAUACCUAAUAGCACUAUUGCACAUGGCAAAGAAACUCCUCACGAAGAAGGCGUUUGUCUUGGCUGCCAAUGUUGGACUGUUGGAGUGGCCAUGGGCAAGGCCUUGGUGUACAUGGGAGUAUGGACAGUGGCGAAGAAGAUUCAUGCUGCGCUCGGACUUCUGUUCAAUGUGUGGAUCAUGGUGCUCCUUUACCCCUUUGCACUGGCGAUCAUGGGACGGUGGGCGAAGAGACCGAUCAUCCUGUUGGUACUACUGCCAGCAGUCUUUGUAAUUGUUGGCGUGAUAUAUGUGGCUCUUCAUACCUUACUUGCUAAUGUUAUUCCAAUAUAG